CAACACGCCAUUGCAGAGAGUGAUCGCUUUACCUGCAGAGUCAGUGGAAAAUCUUGGAAAAGGUCCACCGCGCCAAUAUGAUGAGCUAAAGCAGUGUCAUGUUUGAACCAGACAAGCACCUAUGCUUUCGGAAGCCCGACUUGGUUUACACCUGGGCUGACCUAGGGUUAGGUGAGGGCGCAGGCGUGUCUCCAUUUUGCGCUGCAGAGCCUUUUCCUCUCUUCAAGCCCCAGAUGAGAUAUCGCCCUGCGGCAUUAACUCAGAGGCGACUUCGAGCAGCUCUGAUGAUAUGGGGAAGAUACUCGGUUGGCAUAAAGGCAGUUAUACUUUUAGCUGCAUCCUCAUGCUGAGCAACACUGGAAGGGUAACGGGAGGGGAAAUUGUAAUGGAACGUGCAGACGGAAAGCUUCACAAGCUGCGACAGUGUGAGACUGGUUCAGUUGUCUUCAUUCAAGGAAGGCACGUGGUCCAUACCGGUCUAAGGUCUGAUGGGCCCGAUGUCCGUAUGGCCAUGGUGUGCCCCAUGUGGCCCUCCUCGCCUUUUGUUCGAGAUGAUACUUUCUUGAUAUAUACGCGAACCAUCUCAGAUACCUCUGAGCUCUAUGGACAGUAUGUUGAGUAUCGUUUCAGCAUGCUCAUGGAGCGACUCCGAUCGUGCGGGAACAAAGUCUUGACGAUCGUCAAAAGGGGACAAAGUUGGACACUGGAGAAUUGAAGGCUUUCAUUCAGGAGCAAAUGACGUUCCUUGGCAAGAUGCAGAAUGAAAUCGUGGAAGAG